GGGUGGGCGGUCACGUGGGCCGGCGGUCCUGGGCCGGAAUGGCUGCAAGCUCAGGAGAACCGGAGCACUACCCUGGGAUUUGGAGCAUAAGAAAGGCGUUAAUUGAAGCCUUUGGCACCGGUUUACCCUUAUGCUGUUAGAGAUCAUCAUUCAGGUCUUUCUGAGCUAAGGCCAAACAAACAAACAAAAAACGCUUGCUUUGAUGAACUGAAUACUGUUAUUAAAAGUAAAUAUGGAAAGUGAACCAGACCAUGAAAAUGUGGAACAGAGCCUCUGCGCCAAGACUGCCGAAGAAGAGCUGAAUAAGUCUUUCAAUCUAGAAGCUUCACUUUCAAAAUUCUCUUACAUAGAUCUGGACAAGGAACUGGAGUUCAAAAAUGAUCUGAUUGAUGACAAGGAGUUUGAUAUUCCUCAAGUUGAUACGCCUCCAACGCUGGAAAGCAUACUAAAUGAGACUGAUGAUGAAGAUGAGUCUUUUGUUCUUGAGGACCCUACAUUGUUAAACAUUGAUACUGUUGAUUCUCACUCCUAUGAUACAUCAUCUGUGGCAAGCUCAGACAGUGGUGACAGGACCAACUUAAAAAGGAAGAAGAAAUUACUUGAUUCUUUUUCACUCCAUGGAUCAGUUAUGCGACAUUCACUUUUGAAGGGAAUUUCUGCCCAGAUAGUGUCUGCAGCUGACAAAGUAGAUGCCGGCUUGCCUACAGCAAUUGCAGUGUCCAGUCUGAUAGCAGUGGGUACAUCUCAUGGAUUGGCUUUAAUAUUUGGAAAAGAUCAGAAUCAAGCUUUGCGACUCUGUCUGGGUAGCACUAAUGUUGGAGGUCAGUAUGGCGCUAUCUCUGCCCUCAGUAUCAACAAUGAUUGCUCAAGACUUCUUUGUGGCUUUGCUAAAGGACAGGUCACCAUGUGGGAUUUGGCCAGUGGAAAGCUUCUACGAUCAAUCACAGAUGCUCACCCUCCAGGAACAGCAAUAUUGCAUAUCAAGUUUACAGAUGAUCCAACUCUCGCAAUUUGCAAUGACAGCGGAGGCUCUGUUUUUGAAUUGACAUUUAAGAGAGUGAUGGGAGUGAGAACAUGCGAAUCUAGGUGUCUCUUCAGUGGUUCCAAGGGUGAAGUCUGCUGUAUUGAGCCUCUGCAUUCUAAGCCUGAGUUGAAAGAUCAUCCCAUCACACAGUUUUCAUUAUUGGCCAUGGCAUCCUUAACAAAAAUACUGGUUAUUGGAUUGAAACCAUCCUUGAAAGUGUGGAUGACUUUUCCCUAUGGCCGGAUGGAUCCUUCCAGUGUGCCGUUGCUGGCCUGGCACUUUGUAGCAGUACAUAAUUAUGUGAAUCCAAUGCUUGCCUUCUGCAGAGGAGAUGUUGUUCAUUUUCUAUUGGUAAAGAGAGAUGAAUCUGGAGCAAUACAUGUUACUAAGCAAAAGCAUCUUCACCUAUACUAUGACCUCAUCAACUUUACUUGGAUAAAUUCCCGCACAGUCGUGCUCUUAGACAGCGUGGAGAAGUUGCAUGUGAUUGAUCGGCAAACACAGGAGGAACUGGAGACGGUGGAGAUCUCAGAAGUUCAGCUGGUCUACAACAGUAGCCAUUUCAAAUCACUGGCCACUGGAGGAAAUGUUAGCCAGGCACUGGCUUUGGUUGGAGAGAAGGCUUGCUAUCAAUCCAUCAGCAGCUAUGGUGGUCAGAUCUUUUAUUUGGGGACAAAAUCUGUUUAUGUGAUGAUGCUGAGGAGCUGGAGAGAGAGAGUGGAUCAUCUCCUGAAACAAGAUUGUCUUACAGAAGCCUUGGCCCUUGCAUGGUCUUUCCAUGAAGGAAAAGCAAAAGCAGUCGUGGGGUUAUCAGGGGAUGUCAGCAAGCGAAAGGCGAUUGUUUCAGACCGGAUGGUAGAAAUCCUAUUCCAUUAUGCAGAUCGAGCUCUGAAAAAGUGCCCAGACCAAGGAAAAAUCCAAGUGAUGGAGCAGCAUUUUCAGGAUAUGGUGCCUGUCAUAGUUGAUUACUGUCUUCUGCUGCAGCGAAAGGAUCUUUUAUUUAGUCAAAUGUAUGAUAAAUUAAGUGAGAAUUCAGUGGCCAAAGGAGUAUUUCUGGAGUGCCUUGAGCCAUAUAUUUUAAGUGAUAAAUUGGUGGGAAUCACACCCCAAGUAAUGAAAGACUUGAUUGUUCAUUUCCAAGAUAAAAAAUUAAUGGAAAAUGUGGAAGCUCUCAUUGUACAUAUGGAUAUCACCAGCCUAGAUAUUCAGCAGGUAGUUCUCAUGUGUUGGGAAAAUCGUUUAUAUGAUGCUAUGAUCUAUGUCUACAACAGAGGCAUGAAUGAAUUUAUUAGUCCAAUGGAGAAACUUUUCAGAGUCAUUGCUCCACUUCUGAAUGCAGGAAAGACGCUAACAGAUGAACAAGUUGUUAUGGGCAAUAAGCUUCUUGUGUAUAUUAGCUGUUGUCUAGCAGGUCGUGCCUAUCCCCUUGGUGACAUCCCUGAAGAUCUUGUUCCCUUGGUUAAAAACCAGGUUUUUGAAUUUCUAAUUCGCCUGCAUUCAGCAGAGGCUUCUCCUGAGGAAGAAAUCUAUCCUUAUAUUCGGACUUUGCUACAUUUUGACACAAGAGAAUUUCUAAAUGUAUUGGCACUGACUUUCGAAGAUUUUAAAAAUGACAAGCAAGCUGUGGAGUAUCAACAGCGGAUUGUGGAUAUUUUGUUGAAAGUUAUGGUGGAGAAUUCAGACUUCACCCCCUCACAAGUAGGGUGUCUCUUUACCUUUCUUGCUCGGCAGCUUGCAAAGCCUGACAACACCUUGUUUGUAAACAGAACACUUUUUGAUCAGGUCCUUGAAUUCCUCUGUAGUCCUGAUGAUGACUCCCGACACUCUGAAAGACAGCAGGUCCUUUUAGAAUUGCUGCAGGCCGGAGGCAUAGUUCAAUUUGAAGAGAGUCGACUCAUCCGUAUGGCAGAAAAAGCUGAGUUCUAUCAGAUUUGUGAAUUUAUGUAUGAGCGAGAACACCAAUAUGACAAAAUAAUUGAUUGCUACCUACAUGACCCUCUGAGAGAGGAAGAAGUCUUCAAUUACAUUCACAAUAUCUUAUCCAUUCCUGGACACAGUGCCGAGGAGAAGCAGUCUGUGUGGCAGAAAGCAAUGGAUCUUAUUGAGGAACUGGUGGCCCUGAAGCCCUGUAAAGCUGCGGAGCUGGUUGCUACCCAUUUUUCUGGACAUAUUGAAACGGUCAUUAAAAAACUUCAGAACCAGGUUUUGCUUUUCAAAUUUUUGAGGAGUCUUCUUGACCCAAGGGAAGGUAUUCAUAUAAACCAAGAAUUGCUGCAAAUAUCUCCCAGCAUCACAGAGCAGUUCAUUGAGCUGUUAUGUCAGUUCAACCCAAACCGAGCUAUAGAGACUCUGCAAGUCCUUGAGUGCUACCGUCUGGAAGAAACUAUUCAGAUUUCUCAGAAGUAUGAGCUUCAUGAAGUCACUGCAUAUCUAUUGGAAAAGAAAGGAGAUAUUCAUGGUGCCUUCUUAAUAAUGUUGGAGAGACUACAAAGCAAACUUCAAGAGAUAACACAUCAAGGUGAAAAUACCCAAGAGGAUCCCUCACUGAAGGGUGUUGAAGAUACGAUGGUAGAGACCAUUGCUCUUUGCCAGAGAAAUUCACAUAAUUUGAACCAGCAGCAACGUGAGGCACUUUGGUUUCCAUUAUUGGAGGCAAUGAUGGCCCCUCAGAAGCUGUCCAGUUCAGCUGCCCCUCAUCUACACUCUGAAGCUCUGAAAUCUUUGACCAUGCAAGUUUUAAACAGCAUGGCAGCCUUCAUUGCCCUGCCAUCAAUCUUGCAAAGAAUCUUACAGGAUCCAGUUUAUGGGAAAGGAAAACUUGGAGAAAUCCAGGGACUUAUUCUGGGAAUGUUGGACACCUUUAACUAUGAACAAACCCUGCUGGAAACAACAACUAGCCUUCUCAACCAAGAUCUCCAUUGGUCAUUAUGUAACCUGAGAGCUUCGGUCACCAGAGGACUGAAUCCCAAACAAGAUUACUGCUCUAUCUGUUUGCAGCAGUACAAGAGACGCCAAGAAAUGGCUGAUGAAAUUAUUGUCUUUAGCUGUGGCCACCUGUAUCACUCAUUCUGCCUGCAAAGCAAAGAAUGCACCAUGGAAAUUGAGGGCCAAACAAGAUGGACGUGCUACAAAUGCAGCUCAAGUAACAAAGUAGGAAAACUCAGUGAAAAUUCAUCUGAAAUUAAAAAGGGCAGGAUAACCCCCUCACAGGUAAAAAUGUCUCCAUCAUAUCAUCAGUCCAAAGGGGAUCUCACUGGUAAAAAGGCAACCUCAGAGCCUGUUCUGGAUCCACAGCAAAUCCAAGCAUUUGAUCAGCUUUGCCACCUCUACCGAGGAAGCUCCAGGCUGGCUCUUCUCACAGAACUCUCCCAGAAUCGCAGCAGCGAGAGCUCUAGGUCAUUCAGUGGCUCCCAGGGUGGCCCUGCUUUCAACAGCAUCUUCCAGAACGAGAACUUCCAGCUGCAGCUCAUUCCCCCUCCUGUGACUGAGGACUGAUGACUCCGUGGAGCCUGGCCCGGGAGAACCAGCGACCAUCCCGAAGCAGCUGGGGAGAGGCCCCGCCUCUGGUGGGCUCGGCCUCUACUGCCUCCCACACUUCUGAGAAGAGGUUCCACAUUGGGCUUCCAUGCCCAGGGCGUCCACACCACCAUUCCCAGUGUAGACUCCCUGCCUUCACACUGUUGUCGUGCGCCAGCUCACCUGACUGGCUGGUUUUGUUUUGCUUGUUAAGCAAAGGAAUGUCAGUACCUCUGUCCAGCUUUUUAGGAAGUACAUUUUGCCUACUGAGACUUUUUCCCUUUUCCCCUGAAGCCUGGAAAGUGGAUGGAACUCACACUAAUGGCAUUACGGAGUCUGCCGCACGCCGCCUCCCGCAGCUGGCGGGCGAUACAGAGGAGCCUCACCUUCUGCGGAGAACAGUGGUUGGCCAGGCUGCAACAUAGCUGAAAUAGGCCUUGGAGCAGAGACAUGGAGGGGCCAGGGCCAUCUCCCUUUUAAUGUGUUCACUCGAAACCUUAUGUGAGUGUAAGACUUGCUCUUUCUAAGAAUAAAUGCCUCUGUGU